GAGGAAAUGAAAGCAUUAGAAGCAGAUUUAUUGACCAAUAUGUACACAUCAAAGAUUAACAGAGGAAAACUUCCUUACUGGAAAAUGACCCUGCUAAAUGUCUGCAAUCUUGUCAACAACAUAAACAGCCAAGUGGGAGAAAACGUAGAGGUAGAUGAAGAGGAUCUCGUCUCAGGAAGACAGUUUCCGGCUGCUCUGGAUGGCUUCAGCUUGGAAGCAAUGCUGGCAGUAUAUCAACUCCAGAAAGUUUGCCACAGCAGAGCCUUUCAGCAUUGGGAGAUACUUCAGCAAGAUGCUUUUGAUCUAGAAAACUCAAGCCAAGACAAGGAAAUAAUGAAAAGAAAAAAUCCCUAUAUUCUGAAACGGCAGCUACAUGUGAACAAAGCUAGAAGACCAUACAUACUCAAGAGAAGUUCAUAUUACUGAUGCAGCAGAAGAAAACAAUGUAUAUUUAGUUUAUAGGUAACUGUGCGUUAUGGUUAUCUUACUUAAAUCUAAAAUCAUACUUGUGUGAAAAUAUACAAUGGAAAAUCACCAAGAUGAUAACAUAACUGUGUCUUUUUUGCAAUUGCUGUUUCUUGAUUGUGAUUUUUUCCUACUUGAGAUUAAUUGGACCAAUACAUUUGCGAAUAAAUCUAGUUUCUAAGCAUGAUGUAUUGUACAAAACUGAGAUUUCAACGUAUUUCAAACAAUACUGUAGUCUUCUCCUAUUUUAUAAAGCACACUGACAUCCACCAAGUAAACUGAUGUUGUCCAUAAACCCUACUGAGAAUCUUACGAGUUUUUAAUGCAACACCUCAAACAUACAUAUGCUUGCAAAUUUUUGUAUAAUACACUAGUCAGAACUGCCACAAUAUUUUAUAUAUUGGCCGGUUUAAUUUAUUAGGGAUUAGGUCUAAGAAAGGAGAGAAAUACUCUCAGCCAACUACUAAGUGGCAGUUUCAAAAUUCAUAAUUUAAACAGACUGCUUGUAAAUUAAUUUUAAGUUCUUGAUUCCUAACUUGCCACUGAAGAGUCAUA